UCUGAGGGCGGAGGGAAGAUGGCGGCGGCCGCGGCGGCCCCUAACGACGAGCUGGUCUCGUCGGUAACGCUUUACCGGCGGCGGCCGCGGCUGCUCCGCGGUACCGUGCUGCCCUUCGCCGCCGGUCUCUACCCGGCUUGGUUAUGGCUGUGGGGACCGCGGCUGUGGGCGCCGGCGGAGGCGGCGGGGCCGCCCGAAGCGGCGCUGUUGGCGCUCGGCGCCAUCGCGGCGCUGCAGCUGCUGACGGCGCUGGCCGGGCUCUGGUCCGUGCACGCCGAGUGCGCCCUGAGCUGCGUCAGGGAACCCUGUCCCCAAAAAGCCACCCUGGCCAAGGUGGUGCCAACCCCCAACAACGGCUCCGUGGAACUGGUGCCAAUCCACAGGGAGCAGGGUGAGGACGGGCAAGAAUCUCUGAGUUUUGAAUUCCAAAAAAUUAAAUAUUCCUACGAAAUCCAUGGAAAAAAACAAUUCCUGCCUGUGGCUUUUCCUGUGGAGCAUCCCUUGGGAUUUUAUCAGAAUUCCAGAGGGUUCCAGGAGGAGCAGGAAAUUCGGGAAGCAGAGAAGAAAUUUGGGAAUAACAAGGCAGAGAUGGUGGUGCCAGAAUUCCUGGAGCUUUUCAAGGAAAGAGCCACGGCGCCGUUCUUCGUUUUCCAGGUUUUUUGCGUGGCUCUGUGGUGCCUGGAUGAGUUCUGGUACUACAGCGUGUUCACCCUGGCCAUGCUCGUGGCCUUCGAGGCCUCCCUGGUGCAGCAGCAGCUCCGUAACCUGUCGGAAAUCCGCAGGAUGGGAAACAAACCCUUCAUGAUCCAGGUGUACAGGAACCGGAAGUGGCGCCCGAUUCCCAGCGACGAAAUCGUGGCCGGGACCUCGUUUCCAUUGGUAAAAAAAAAAUGGGAAUUUUUUUUAGAGAAAAAAAUUCCUAAAAAUGGGAAUUUUGAUGGAUGUGUUCCCAAAAUUGGGAUUUUUCUGUGGAAAAAUGGGAUUUUUUUAAGGGGAAAAAUGGAAUUUUUUAAGGGAAAAAUGGGUUAAAAAAUGGGAAUUUUUAAUGGAAAAAUGGGCAAAAAAUGGGAAUUCUUUAAUGGGGAAAAGGGCAAAAAAAAUGGGGAUUUUUUUAAGGGAAGAAUGGGAUUUUUUAAUGGAAAACUGGGCUAAAAAGGGGAAUUUUUCAUGGGAAAAUGGGGUAAAAAAAUGGGAUUUUUUAAUCGGGAAAUGGGCUAAAAAAUGGGAUUUUUUAUGGGAAAAAUGGGUAAAAAAUGGGAAUUUUCUGUGGGAAAACGGGCAAAAAAAUGGGUAUUUUUUAAGGGAAAAAUGGGAUUUUUUAAGGUAGAAAUGGGAUUUUUUUAAAUGGAAAAUUUGGCUAAAAAAUGGGAAUUUUUAAUGGGAAAAUUUGGCUAAAAUAGGGGAUUUUUUUAAAGGGAUAAAAGGGCUAAAAAUGGGAAUUUUUGGAUGGGAUCAAUGGGAUUUUUGGGUGGAUCAAUGGGAUUUUUGGGUGGGAUCAAUGGGAUUUUUGGGUGCGAUCAAUGGGAUUUUUGGGGUGGAUCAAUGGGAUUUUUGGACGGAUCAAUGGGAUUUUUGGACGGAUCAAUGGGAUUUUUGGACGGAUCAAUGGGAUUUUUGGGUUGGAUCAAUGGGAUUUUUGGACGGGAUCAAUGGGAUU